AUGGAGAGGAAGGAGCCACUGUUUCUCAUGACGGCGGGGGAACCAAGGAAGGAAUCGGCGCUGGGCCGCAAGAAUAGCUACUACCGCCUGCGAAACCUCCUCCGUCAGGACUUGGCAUUAAUUGAGGCUGCUAUCUGCAACAAGGAGCACAAGCUGGAAGAGGGGAGGGAGUGA